AUGACUACGAAUUCUGGUCUUCAAUCUAUAUCAGAUCUGACAGCCUCGACUCGUUUAACUACGGGUGAUAUUCCUCCUCCACUUGUAGGUUCUUCAACAAUUGUCAUUGGUACUAACUUAUAUUUAUUCGCUGGCCGGCUUGUAUCUUCACGGCGAAUGACCAAUGAACUCUACGUGCUCGAUCUGAUCACUUUUGUGUGGACAAAAAUACCUGAUACUGAAAAUCAAGCUCCAAAGCCAAGAUAUUUUCAUUCUGCUAAUCAAUUCAAAAAUUCUAUUGUCAUUUUUGGUGGAAUGGGUUAUUCAUUAGCUUCUGAUGAUAAUUUAUGUGUGUUGGACGACGUGUCUAUUUUCGAUUUAGAAACCUAUUCAUGGAUACACCCUAGUAUCACUCCAUCUGAAUUUACCCCUCGUCCACGAUAUGCUCAUUUGGCUGCUGUGACUGCAAAUAAGUUGGUGAUAGUGGGUGGUCAAGACAUGUCUAAUUAUUAUAUUGAGGAAACUAAUGUGUUGGAUUUAGAUAAAAUGGUAUGGGCUUUUUCACAACCAUUUGAAAAACAUUGUGGUGCAUAUCGGUCUGUAGCUGUGAGUAGCACAAACAGAACGAAUCUGCCUCUCUUUGGCGAUAACAAUAGUGACAUGGUUUCGCUUACUUCUCUCGAAGAUACCUCAACUACUUCCUCUGAAUCUGUUCAACCAUCAUUACCCCUUCGAAAAUCAAAUUCAACUCAAUCAUUACCUACAACUCAGACUAAUGUUAUACGUAAACCACCUUCAGUAGGCGCAUUUGGUCGUCAGGGCUCUUUAAGAAGGUCUCCUUCUGGUCAAAAUCUUAUUCGCUCACAUUCUAUAAAACGAAUUCAAUCACAAUCUUCCGGAAAUUCUUUCUAUCACCUUUCAUUUACUAUCGAAGUUACAGAUGAUAAUCCAAACCCAAUAUAUUUAUAUUCAAAUUAUAAUUUUACUGAUGUUAAACGUGAACUUCAAGUCAUCUCUCCACCAAUGUCGGAAAAUUAUAAAACAGUUGAUUAUUCUUCAAAUAUGUCUGGUGCUUUUUUACCUCCUGGUCUUCGGUUCCCAACUGGUGCAAUUCUUGGUCAUCAUUUAAUCAUAUCGGGAACUUAUCUCACAAACUCUAAUCAAACUUUUAGUAUAUGGGCUUUAAAUUUAGUAAAUUUAUUUUGGAUUCGUAUAGAUACAGGUUCUUGCUUUUCUCAAGGUUCUUGGAACCGUGGUGUUCUUUGUGAGAAAACAAACAAAUAUAUUGUGCUUGGAAAUCGUGAUAGAUCUCUUGUAGAUGAUUAUAAUCAUCGUCAAACUAAUUUCGAUCAUGUAACUGUUGUGGAUUUAGAAGCCUUUGGCGUCUACCAACCACCACAUACUACAAUGUCACCGUCAGCCCAAGAGUUGGGGUUAGCGAUGAUGAACAAUGCUAACACGGCUGAUUUUGACAUUGUAACUCAGGAUGGUCAACGAAUACCUGUUAAUUCUCAAUUUUUAUCAAAAAGGUGGCCUCAUUUCAAAGCAUUGGUUGAUCAACAAGCUGAAAGAGUUCCAAAAUUGAAAUAUGAAGAAGAGACACGGCGGAAUUCUGAUGAUGAAUUUAUAUUGAUGUAUAAAAAUAGAGCUCUUAAAUUCCCUGAAUCUCAUAUUGUCACUUUGGCAUUUUUACAGUAUUUAUACACAGAUCAUCUUCUUACUAUUCAACAAUAUCAACCUCAUGUUUUAGCUCAACUUUUACUUCUAGCAGAUAUGUAUGAUAUUGAUCGUCUUCGGCAAUUGGCUUCUCAUGCUUUACACCAAUCUUUAGACACAACAACCGCCGCUUUGAUUUAUGAAACGGCUGCCCUAUCUCGUCGGACUGGUUUACAAAUACGCGCUUUAAAGGUUAUGAUAGCAGCUAAAAAAAUGAAUCAACAACAGAAAAAUAAAGAACAAUCCCAUGGUGUCCAAUACAAUAGUUCAAUGAUGUCAAGACGGACAUCCAUAACAGAACAAGACUUAGCUUUAUCUGCAAAUUGGAAAAUGCCUAGUCCUGCAAACUCUCAACUUCCAGCUGCGAUUCCGACUGAAAUGAGAGUAUCAUACUACGAUCCAUAUUCAUCAUCUGUAAAUUUACCUCCUCAGCCAGGAUUAGUUCACACCACUCGUUCACGAUCAUCUUCUUCAGCCUCUAUGUAUAAUCGUGGUUAUAUGCCGACUAUCCCUUACACAGUUUCGCAAACAAAUAUUUUUGA